ACCAGAGUCAGACAGUAUAACCAGCAGGACAAGAAGCUGAAAAUGGCUGAUUCCACCAGCAGCAGCCCUGACUCUUCGUCCUCUAACUCCUCUUCCUCGCUCAAAGACCUCCAGCACUCAGCCUUACAGCUCGUCCAAUGGAAAGAACCCAAGAAGUCUGCGGCGGCGUUCGGCAUGUCGAUGCUGGUCCUGGUCUCCGUGGCGACACUGUCAGUCAUCAGUGUGGUGUCCUACCUGCUGCUGGCCUGCCUCUGUGUCACCAUCACUUUCAGGGUUUACAAGUCAGUGAUCCAGGCCAUCCAGAAGUCUGACGAAGGUCAUCCGUUCAGGUCUCUGCUGCAGCGGGACAUCUCGGUGUCCUCAGAGUCGAUCCGGCAGCUGGCUGAUCAGACUCUGAUCCACCUGAACUGGUUCACCUGUCAGGGCCGCAGGCUGCUGCUGGUGGAAGACCUGGUCGACUCUCUGAAGCUGGCUGCAGUCAUGUGGGUGAUGACAUAUAUUGGAGCGGUGUUUAAUGGAGUCACCAUUUUGAUUAUUGCUGAUGUAAUUUCCUUCACCACACCAUUGAUCUACCAGAAGAAAAAGACUCAGAUUGACCACCAGGUGGCGCUGCUUCGAUCCAAACUGGAGGAAACCGUUCAGAAGCUCCAGGACCGGUUACCUGGAGCUGUGAAAAGAACCAAGACUGAAUGACACCUGAGGCCCCUCCCCCUCUUCUGAUUGGUCCAUUUGUAACAUCCAACCUGCUGAUUCUGAAAGAUUUGAAUAAAAUCAGAUACGAAACAAAGA